AUGUCUACUAUCGGCAAGUCGGUGGUGCCUCCAGGAGGUCCAUCUGGCGAUCCCCCACCCAUAAUUGAUGGAUCUCAUGAUGGGAGUCCAGGUCCUAUGGAACGCAGUUCACCAAUUCAAGUGUCGCUUGAUGGGACAGGAACAGCUGACGGUGUGGUCACAGUGGGCUCAAUGAUAGAUGUUGACGAAUCGCCCGAGUCCAACGCUGGAUCCCCCGAUGGUGAUGCUGGAUCCCCUGGUGGUGAUGCUGGAUCCCCUGGUGGUGAUGCUGGAUCCCCUGGUGGUGAUGCUGGAUCCCCUGGUGGUGAUGGUGGAUCCCCUGGGCGUUCCUUCCCACCGUUCGAGAGCGGGACGUCGGGUAAACUCACACAGAAGUCGACCAAUGAUGUGGAUAUCUUAUCGAAGUUGGCACGCGAUGUCGAGCUGAUAUCAACCGAGGUCACACGAAUUGGGUCUGCAGCAGCAUGGUCUGAGGCUACGUGUGGCGACUGGCCUAGAGGUCGCCGUAGACAAGCAGGCAGAAUUCAUCAAGGGCGCUCGAUGGCUGGCAUGAGCACUACCAAUGUGUACUGCCUGCAGAGGGAACUGACAGAUGCUGAAGCCCAGAUUUCCGCUCGGGAUUUGACCAUCUCGGAUCUAAGACACGCUAACGCAUUCUUGCGCAACGAGCUUGAGCGAGUGCAUGCGGAGCUCCGGGAAGAGAAGCGUCGAUCGGGGGAACUGCAGCGGAAACUUGCUGCAUCUAAUAGGAACUUGAAGUCAACUACAGCAACGCUCAAACAGGUUUCCGCGAGCGUGUCGAAAAUUGGGACCUUGGUGAACUACUCAGGAGCAGCUUAUGGGGCUCCUUGUACCGACGAGGACUUCUUUAACGCUCCGGAAUCAGCAAUUGGAUCAUCACUGGUCAAUUCGAAGACGUUGAAAGGUGGAGAGCGGAAGUCCAAUCCACGACUACGGACAGAUGGGGGUAAAGCUCCGUUCCGUCCUUCUCUUGGAACACUACGCAAGGCCGUUGAUAUUUAUUCUCGUAACUAA